AUGGCUAAUAUAUAUUUAAAAGCCACACAAUUCAACGAGGUAGACGCAUCUGAAGGCAAUAAUGUGGAUAAUAACAAGAAGUAUAUGAUUGUAAUGUUACCGGAUGAUCCAUUAAGAUCGGACGAUAUAUCGAAUGAAAAUGACUUGGAGCCAUACAAAUCAUUAACUAACAUCAAUAGAUCAAAUAACACAGAUAUGGAAAUUCUAGGCGAUUUGAAACUAAGUGAGCGACAGGCGCAGAUGUUAAGAAAAACAUGGCGCGACUCUUGCGACAGAAAGGCGGCAAAAGUAUGUAGGAAAGCGUGUGUGACAACAUACAAGAUUGUGUGUAGCGCGUACUUAUGUAAGAAGAGUAUGAAGAGGAGUUUCAGGCGGGAAUGCAAGAGGAAUUGUAAAGCCCGAUUCGCGACAGGCGGGCGAAGCGAAAGCGAAUAA